AUGGACGCCACCGAGACACUCGAGCAGGUCCAGGCGCGGCACCGCCGUGAACUGAAAGACUUGCAAGGACGCAUAACAGGAAAGAAGAAGAACGCUACAAAAAAGACACGCAAGGGUGUCAAUGACGAGUGCGCCGAGAUGGAACGGACCCUACGCGAGAAGCAUGCCGCCGAGCUUGUUGCGCUGGACCCCGCGAAGUCGAACGAAGAACCAGAGAUCACAGUGACAGAGAAUAAGCCAGAGGAGGAAAAUCUCGUAGCGGAAACUGCAAAGCUUAAAGUAUCGGAGCCAGCACAACAGCAACAACAGCCGGGAAAGAAGCGAAACCGCCAAAAGGAGCGCAUGGCACGACGUGCCGCAGAGCAGGAGGAGGCGGCGCAGCGUGCCGAGGAAGAGGCUGCGAAUAUGACGGAUUACCGGGCAAAGGAGAGCGAGUUCAUGAAGACAACAUUUGAGAAGCACGGGUUGGUCGAGAAGGAUAUUGCACCAGAUGGCCACUGUCUGUUCUCGGCCGUGGCGGACCAACUAGGCCAGCAUGAUAUUCCCCUCGGAGCGGGCGACGCCGAGAAGGAACCGGCCUACAAGACGGUGCGCCGAGCAGCUACGGCGUACAUGUUGGAGCACGGUGAUGACUUUGCGCCGUUCCUGGAAGAGGACCUUGGGGACUACGCUCGCAAGAUGCGGGAUACUGCUGAAUGGGGCGGACAACUGGAGCUCACGGCACUGGCACGACAGUACAAGACAGAGAUUCGCGUGGUACAGGACGGUCGUCUCGAGCGCAUUGGCGAGGACGAGGGUGCGGCAUCGGGCAAGACGCUAUGGCUGGCAUACUACAGGCACGGCUACGGCUUGGGAGAACACUACAACUCACUCCGCAAAGCGCCAUGA